AUGGCCGGUUUCGUUCGUACGAAAGAGGCUGCCGAAGUGUUUGCUAAGCUACUAAGCUGUGCAAAAUGUGGACAGGAAUCGGAUAACUUGCAGACACUGGGAACUGCUUGCAAACAUGCUUUUUGCUGGGAUUGUAUCAAUGCUUACACAUCAGCAAACACAUUCGUUCUUUGUCCAUUGUGUCUGUGCCCUCUGGAAGUAAGCCGACCUAAGGCUGCUACGGUAUUCAACAACCUUGCGCAACAUAUUAACGAGUUUAGGCUCUUAUUAGACGAGUAUGAAAAAUGCCUUCAAAACGAAGGAGCUGCAGCUGCAACGACAAUCGCGCAAACGCAAAUGCUAUUCCAAGCCCAUGACGCUAAAACUGCGGUCGAAGUAAGCAAGGAGGCUAGGAACGAAGCAAUCAAUGAGUUUAUCAGCACUCAACGGAUUGUGGAUCCAUACGAAAAGGAUUCCACUGCCAAGUAA